ACCUACCUAGGUAGGUAGGUACCUGCCAAAGCAGGUAUCUCUGAAUGUGAUGGGUCCCUCGAGGUAGCACCUACCUUCUCUCCUUACGAAAAUCUGCGGAGCCGAAUGCAUCCCGUCCCCUCUUUCCGGUUCAGUUUCCUACGUCUCUCUGUCUCGUACCUUCCCGUGUCCCUGGUCUAGCCUAUAGCCUCCCGACCUCCAUUGCGGCCAGGUUCUCCUCUGCUUCUUCAUCUUCUACUGCUCCCUCCUCAUCUCUGGACCGCAUCCGACCUCACACGCCCCCUGGCCGUUGCGUGUUCGUAUCCUCGCCAUCAUACUAACUACGACAAGAAGAGGAGCAGCCAUUCCUCGUCCCAACUGUGUAGGCAAGUUUUGUCAUCCCGGGAUACCAAUCGACCCCCUUCGCUCGUGGUGGAGGGCCACAUACCUGCCUUCUACCCGUUGUCAAGAGCGACCGUAUACUCGGUUGCUCAUCGCACUGUGUCGUAUUCCGUUGGGGGUCUACGAGGCGGCGCUUCUCGGAUCGAAUUCGACAUGACAUGCCCGAAACGUCUUUAAGAGUUAGGUUCUUCGCAGAGAGAUUAGGCUGCCACAACUAUAUUACACCAAUCUACCUGGUUACGAUCAUCCAGACACAACUAGAGUGACAGCGCGCCUGCGCGUCAGAUGCUAGGGCAAUUGCUCAACAAGAAACUACAUCACCUCUUUAGACCGCGCUUCGACGGCGUACCUUAAAAUGUUUGACGUUCUGUGGACCGACCCUAACCGGGAACUCAUGGGCGAGAAGAUUAUCAGGAAAGAGCAAGAAGCCAAAGAGCGAGAGAAGAGGCAGAAGUCAGACCGCAAUCGGCAAUCGUUUUCAACAGAGAGCACUACGUCAAGUGAUCGAAGCUUCAGAUUCUUCGGAUCGAGAAGCAGAAGGAAAGCCCAGACACCACCUCAGGCUGAAGACAAGGGCGCGCCAGCCUCGCCGUCGGCAUCUUUGGCCGAUCAUGCUGCUAAGGUUAGCCGGACAUCGGGUUAUCAUGCUAGGCCCGUACUGCAUCAUCGAGAUAGUUCGAGAGACACUACGAAACCUGCCCAGCCGAGCCAUCCUUCCUUACAGCUGCCCGAGAUUAACGAUGGCUCCUCCAGCCUAUCAUCUCCAGAUUCGACACUGUCAAAGUGGACGCAGCAAACCACCGCUACUAACAACACUGGCAUCGAAAGCUCGGGUACUCCGAAGCCCGAAAAUUUGGUCCAAACGCUAGGGCCGUCUUCUUUCGUCACCAGGAGGACGGACGUCAUAUCGUCGACUCGUGAUCCAGAGACAGAUCUUGGCCAGUUGUUUUCCCAAGUCUACAUUUCUGCUGACCGAGAAAAAGUCAAGACUCCGUCCAUAUCAGAGUUGCCCGAGGAAGCGAAUCCGGUGGCAUUCGAUGACCCUGGCUCCAUUACUCCGCUUGAAUCGCCCCGAACCCCACCCCCUAUCGAGCUCCAGCAUAACUUGGGCAGAUACAAUGCGAACUGGAGCGGUAGUGACAGGUUGGCAAACCCAGAUGCGUGGAAACCUCCGCAUGAAUGGGAUGGUACUCUCCCCAAAGACGACGUACUUACACCAGACCAAGAGGCGCUGUCGAACGCGACAGCGGGUGGCAAUUUGGAUCGAUCCAUGUCUCCAACCCUCAAGGCACUGCAACGCGAAGUGCGAAUGAUGGCCGCGGCUGGCCCGGAGCUCAUGCUCGCCAACAUCAAAUGUCCUAUGGGACAUGGGCUAGAUGCUACGGUAUACAAGGAGCUCGAGAUGGCUAAGAAACGGUGGAUGUUUUCUGCCCUACGGCACGAGGGCUAUAUGUCACUGGUUAACCACAACGACAACUGCCUGGGGAAUCUAGAUCCAUCCAGGCCACCUAGGCUGCCACCUAGAAUUCUUGCGCUCUACGAAACUCAAGCAUCCGCGUCCUUUCUCGCGGCACUGUACCCGCAGGUCUCCAUAUCUCAUCUUUCGCCCAACCCCAUAUCGUCCCAUUCGUUCUCCAACGUUAACCCGAUUCUGGUACCGGGAGUAUCCGCAUCUGCUGGAUCUCGGUCCCUCACCCCGCAGCUCUACUUUACUGCGACGUGCCUGUCCAUGCCGGCAUUGUUUCCUUCGAGCGAGAUUCCCCUGAUGCUUCGUCAUAUUUACCGUUGUUUGGCGCCAGAUGGGGCUUUGCACUUGACGCUGAUCGACCCCCAGCCAGUCUCGUCGUCGAUGGGCCCGAAGUUCCGGCAGUGGCUGUUUGAAAAGCUCCUGAUACAGCUCGAGAAGAGGUGCCGCACGACCUACCCGAGCGGCACGUUCCCAGCCUGGCUGGCUGUCGCAAAACUUCGCGGGUUCGGUAGUACAAUCACAACAGUUUCGGUACGUGCUGUACAUCAGGGUGGUACGGUGGGAGAGGACGCAAAGGGUCGCGGGCCGGUGGAGGGCGAGCUCCGCUGUCUGGUGGCGAGAAUGCUCUGGCAGGAAGUCUGGGGCGAAUAUGUACAUGCGAAUCGAUGGUGGUGGGAGGAAGAGGAGAUCGUUCAGGAAUGUGUGGAGAGGGGAACUUACUGGCAAUACUCGCAUGUCGUGGCCGUGAAGAGCGGGAGGUAACCGUUGCUGGUCUCCUUCCGGCUUCUGGCAAGGGGUUAAGUGAUAGAGAUUGCAAGCAGAAUAGGCUUCUACGACGUGAUGUAGUGUAUGAGGACAGUCAAGGGAACAAUGUGUAUUCAGCUUAAUAUUGCAUAGGCGUUCUAGGACGGAUAACAUGAUACCCACAUGAUACCCCCUCUCUCCCCCUUAAUACUAGUACCCAAAUUUCUCAGAA